AUGGCUCCUCCGCCGCGGCGAAACCCGCAGCAAAACCCCACCCGGAGGAAGGGCGAGGAGCCGUGGCUCGCCGCGAGCCUGCGCCCGGCGAACUUCCUCCCGGGCCUCGCCAUCGGGUUCCUCCUCGGCCUCCUCCUCGACCUGUCCUCGUCGUGGAGACCCAAGUCCAGCUCCCCGCCGGCUCCGGCCGUGGCACCCUCGCGGGGCUCCAGCUCCAAGCGGGCGUCGGGGAAUUCGUUUGCCUCAGGCGGCGAGGAGCUUAAGAUGGUUUUAGUGGUACGCCAGGACCUCAAGAUGGGGGCUGGGAAAAUAGCUUCUCAAUGUGCCCAUGCAGCGACUGGCUUGUACGCCGAGUUGUUUUCAAGCAAUCGGGGUUUACUGAGACAAUGGGAACAACUUGGACAAGCUAAGAUUGUUUUGACAUGCAAGAAUCAACAGGAAAUGAACAGGCUAAAGGAAACUGCAGAACAUCGAGGUAUUCCUACAUUUAUUGUUGCUGAUGCAGGCCGCACAGAGGUGUUGGCUGGAUCCAAAACAGUUCUUGCAAUAGGACCAGGUAGGAAAGCUGACAUCGAUUCAGUUACUGGGAAACUGCGUUUGCUGUGA